GCGGCCAGUGCCCGCGACCCCCCCAAGUCAGGAGGCCGUGCAGGCCAUGGUGCAGGAAGCGGGCGGGUGUCGCAAAGACAUAAGCCGCGCCGACUACCGCAACCUGAUCGUGAACGCGCAGAACAAAGGCCGGCGCAACUCUACCCGCCCAGGAGCCCCUGUUCCUUUGGCCACGACUGGAGUCCAAGGAGGGUGGGACCAGACCGCGCAGCACUACUUGGAGGAGGCGGUUCGCAAAGGGCCCACUCCGCGCGGCAAGAGGAAGAGACGAGGGCCCAGCGACUCCAGCGAGGACGACCACGAGCAGACGGAGAAGCAGGAGCGAAAGGAGGCGCUGACCGCGGCGCUGGCAAGGGCGACAGCGGCGGAGGCGAAGGUGGAGUCCUUGACCCGCCGCCUGAAGGAGCUCGAGGGCGUGGACGAGUGGAACAAGGGGCUCUUGGAAGAGAACGCCAAGCUGCGCUUGUUCUGGGAGAGCUGCCAAAGCCCCGACUGCCCCCAGUACUCGGACGACUCUGACGACGAGUGAGCGCCCCGUUGGUCCGGUUGGCCCGGUCCUGCGCGUCCUCCUCCUUC